UCGACGCUGGGGGUGACGUCACUCGCUGUGGUUAAAGUCAGCUGAUAAAAGUCGACAAAAACAAACUGCUCUGUCAUUGUUCAAUCCGUGUUUGUUCCACAAUGAGGACCCUUUUCCUGGUUGUGUUCGCGGCGUUAGUGCUGACCAACGAUGCCCUGGUCAGAAUUCCCUUAAAGAAAUUCCGUUCCAUCAGACGUACGCUGACCGACUCGGGGAAAGGCGUCGAGGAGCUCCUGGCCGACCAACACUCCCUCAAGUACAACUUCGGCUUCCCCUCCAGCAACGGACCCACUCCAGAAACCCUGAAGAACUACCUUGACGCCCAGUAUUAUGGCGAGAUCAGCCUGGGAACGCCUCCGCAAACCUUCACCGUGGUGUUCGACACAGGUUCCUCCAACCUGUGGGUUCCUUCCGUUCACUGCUCCUUGUUAGACAUCGCGUGCUUGCUUCAUCACAAAUAUAAUUCCGCUAAAUCCAGCACGUACGUGAAGAACGGCACUGCCUUCGCCAUCCAGUAUGGAAGUGGCAGUUUGUCCGGUUACCUGAGUCAGGACACGUGCACCAUCGGAGACAUCCAGGUGGAGAAGCAGCUGUUUGGCGAGGCCAUCAAGCAGCCCGGCGUGGCCUUCAUCGCCGCCAAGUUCGACGGGAUCCUCGGCAUGGCCUACCCCCGCAUCUCUGUGGACGGCGUCGCUCCCGUGUUCGACAACAUCAUGAGCCAGAAGAAGGUGGAGAAGAACGAGUUCUCCUUCUACCUCAACAGGAACCCAGACACUGAACCCGGCGGCGAGCUGCUCCUGGGAGGAACCGACCCCAAGUACUACACCGGGGACUUCCACUACGUCAACAUCAGCCGUCAGGCCUACUGGCAGGUCCACAUGGACGGGAUGGCGAUCGGCAGCCAGCUGGGUCUGUGUAAGGGCGGCUGUGAGGCCAUCGUGGACACCGGGACGUCCCUGAUCACCGGACCCUCGGCGGAGGUCAAGGCCCUGCAGAAAGCCAUCGGAGCCCUGCCACUCAUCCAGGGGGAGUACAUGGUGAGCUGUGAUAAAGUCCCGACGCUUCCCACCAUCACCUUCAACAUCGGAGGACAGACCUACUCUCUGACCGGGGAGCAGUACAUCCUCAAGGUGUCUCAGGCUGGAAAAACCAUCUGUCUGAGCGGCUUCAUGGGUCUGGACAUCCCCGCCCCCGCCGGGCCCCUGUGGAUUCUGGGAGAUGUGUUCAUCGGCCAGUACUACACCGUCUUCGAUCGCGAGAACAACCGAGUGGGCUUCGCUAAGACUAAAUGAGCAGCACCUCCUCCUCCUCCUCCUCCUCCGCCUCCUCCUCCAUCUUUACACUACGCCCGCAUGUUCAAGAAGAAACGCAAGAAAAAUCCAAGAUGCACAAGUUCUCUGUUGCUCUGCAAUCAGACCAGAUUUAGCAAUAGAAGUUUUUUUUUUGUGUAGAGGCUAAAUGCACUGAUGUUAACCAGUGUGUGUAUGUGUGUGUGUUUGUGAGAGAGACAUGGAUUUGAUAGCAGGUGUGAUGAUGUGAAUUGAUCAGGGAUCAGCUGAUUGUGUCGGUACAGUCAAACAUCCAAGUGAUCUUCUUUUUUCUUUUCUUUUCUUUUUUUUUUUUUUUUAUCAGGGAUUGUUUUAAAGAGAACUUUUAAAUUAGUGUUUUAGGAGGAAUUAUUUUAUCUUCUAACUACUGACAGACGUUAAUGUGUUAAUGUGAUUGGCCUCAAUAAAGUGUUUUUAAAAACA